GUGACAGUACUCUGAUACCUGAGGCAGAACACGAGAAAACAAGUCCAAACUCGAGUCAGAUCCAACGAUCAUUUCAUUCCGACGAGCCUUCAAUCGGCGCAGUCGAGUCCUUUCAGCCACACGCUAAGUUACAGUCAUCAACAAUCUCACAGAUUGAGGUUUAAAGGGGGUUUACGGACGAAUAUGACAUAGAAGAACCAUUUUGAGAACCUUUUCGCACUAAUAAAGAACCUUCUGUGGAACGGAAUUUAAGGUUCUUUACGGAACGUUCGGUUUGUUGUGAGUGUCAUUAGCGGUGGCGUCGCUGACUCGGAUAAUCGCAUUCGCGUUUAUCAGUGCACUGCACAUUAUUGUAACUUUUACAGAAAGAUCCAUGUCAAAAUUAUAUUAUGACUCACGGAAACCAACAAACAUAAAAAGUGUGAAACCCUCAUCAACCACUGAAGGUCUGACUCUGAGGGAGGAGAGAGAGAGAGAGAGAGAGGGAGAGAGAGAUAGUCUCAGUAACGUGCAGCUCAUCUGUAGUUUCAUGUUGAGUCGUGUUUCUUUCUGCACUGAAGUUCUUCAUGCCACUGAAGCUUCACGUUCACACAUCUAGAAACGGACUACAGUGAUGGACGAUCUGAUCACCUGCACCCCCUACUGGCCACUCCGUGUUCAACAGCACAGCCCGCCUGAGUAAAACUCGACUCGCGUUACGUGUUUUGACCCUGCAAUGAUGAAAGUGAUGAGCUGAGGAAGACUAGCAUCUAGAAGACGUGACCCAUGGAUGUGUCAUCCAGCGCAGGGACGUCCAACUCGUCCUCAUACGCUUUCGUCAGCGCCUACCACAGCUACCAGAGCAACGAAGUCCUCCGGCGCCACUAUAACCACUCGGGAAAACUAAACAACAAAGAUAGAUUUAAACCGGACGCCAUCGUCUUCCUCUUCAUCUGCCUCCUCAUCAUAGUGGAGAACAUCAUCGUCCUCAUGGCCAUCUGGAAGAACAAGAAGUUCCAGAUGCCCAUGUAUUAUCUGCUGGGGAACCUGACGCUCUCAGACCUGCUAGCCGGAUUCACUUACAUGCUAAAUAUCCUGCUGUCGGGGCCGAACACGCUGAGUCUGACGCCACUGCUCUGGUUUAUAAGAGAAGGCCUUGUGUUUAUCACGCUAACGGCGUCUAUCAUUAGCUUGCUAGCUAUCGCCAUCGAGCGCUACUUCACCAUGCUAAACACGAAGCCUUAUUACCGCGCAAAGCGCAACCGCAUGUUCGUUCUGAUCGCGGUUAGCUGGGCGCUGUCGGUGUUGCUAGGCACCCUUCCCAUUAUGGGAUGGAACUGUUUGGAUGACCUGGACUCGUGCUCAACCGUGCUUCCGCUCUACGCUAAAAACUACAUCUUCUUCAGUGUGUUUGUGUUCAUGGCCGUCCUUCUGGCCAUCGUCGCCCUGUACGCACGGAUCUUUCACUUCGUAAAGUCCAACACGCAGAACCCGAGCGACGUGCCGCGCAAAGCCUACGGGCUUCGCUCGCGGAAAUACAUGGCGUUGCUAAAGACGGUCACCAUUGUAGUGGGGGUGUUUAUUAUGUGCUGGAUGCCUCUGUUCGUGCUUCUGCUCCUGGACUUCGUGUGUCCCGCGAAAGAGUGUCCGGUGCUACUCAAAGCUGAAUACUUCUUGGGCGUGGCCAUGAUUAACUCCUUCAUCAACCCGAUUAUCUACACGAUGACUAGCCGAGACAUACGCCGGGCCAUCCUGAAGCUGCUCUUCAAACGCUGUCUGACCACCAAAGACGGGACAUUGAGGAAUAUCGGCAUUAAGAUCAGCUUCACUAAGACUGACGCGCACCGUCACGGGCAGGAGACGACCGUUUCAUCGGGAAAUGCCACAACCGUAAACGUCAAAACCAUCUACCCGAAGCUCAAGUUAUCCGUCGUCGCGUAACGCCGUGUCCUGAGCCGAAAGACAUCUUUUCCAUGCUAAUCAGAGUUUUCCUAAUCAGCCACAAUGACGACACGUGACUAUUCUAGUUUAGAAGUGGCGAUUUUGUGGCUGGAAAAACAAGACAAUGAUGAUCUCAGGUAGUAAUUAUAUGCUUCAUUUAAUGUUAAAAGCAUCUAAUGCGAGUUUGAAUAUCGUUUUGCUUGACCUUUAUAGCCCUGUUGAGAGCGACAACGGAUAACUCACCUCUGAUCUUGAAAAUGAAAGGAACGAACUGAACUCAAUGUGAACGAAUUA